CCCGAUCACAAACCGACAACACGAGGGACCGGUGGCUCAAUGGUCAGAGCUUUCGCGUCUGGCCGGAGAGACGCGAGUUCGAAACUCGGGCGUGGCGGCAAUUUCCGCCGCUACACUGGAGUUGGGCUACCAUCACCUGAUGACGCCCAAUGAGGCAGAAAAGGUCUUCAUGGAUGUGCUCUGUGUUUUCCGGUAA